AGCAACAACCACAGUUUGACACGAAUGUCGAGAUUGUGUUUAUUACAACAGUAGAAGUAGCGUGUGAUUGAAUACAGUCGGGAUGUGUUCGGUGAGGUUUAUGGUGAUGUGUGUGGAUGAGUGUGUGGAUGUGUAUUAUACAGACGGGCUCAGAUUGCAGCUCUCGCCCUGCGGCUCUGAGUUUCUGAUAGAGAAACAGCCGUCAGCCUGCGCGCACCCGCUGCAGGACACACACACAGUUAAACAGAGGACAAGAUUCGCCAUCAGCGAGUUUAAGCCAUUAGUAUUGGAUGCUUUGGCAUUCAGAAAUAAGUAUGCAACUCGUCCAUAUUUGCCCGAAGAGCUCAUAACUCACGAAUUCAGUUCUACGAACAAGACUUCCUCAAGCAGUGCCAUAACAGAGGUGGAGUGGCCUGAAUCUGACUCCUGCAUCACAGGAGCAAAUGGAGAGAUCACAGUCUGCUCUGUAGAAGGACACGCCAAACUCAUCCUUUCUUCUUCCGGGGAAGAGUUCACGGUGGAUUUUAUCUGUCACUCCAGCAGAAAUAAAGUCGAAUCACAGGAUCCAAAGCUUCAAGAACAUCAACACAGAAGCACAUGUUUGUUUAGUUCUUUAACAUCCAAAUCUGUGGGUGCUCAGAUGGACCGUCCUGGAUUGAAUCUAAAAUCCCCCAAUACAGAAAUACUGGAGUCAACAAGCGUGAAGUCUGGAAAAGUGCAUGUGUACACCAGAGUGAUCCAGCAGUUUUCCAGAGCACUUUACCCAGAGAUAUGGCACUAUCCUCUGUCAUUAGCUCUUGAACACUAGGAAUCACUAAAGACUAAAAGAAAUACUGAUAAUGGGGAAGAUGGAGAAGGUUCAACAGAUGGAAAAGACAGACAAUAUUUCCAAACAGGCCGGAAGACUCUACUUCCAAAACCUUUGCCUUUAAAAUGCCCUUCUCCUCAUCAACACAAGUGGAGAUAUGACGCUGUCAAUCCUGAUUUGCUGGAAAAGGAAGAGGAAGUCACAGCCGAGCUGGUUAAAGUGGUCUGGUGCAAAGGCGUCACAUACCGUAUAGUAGAUGGAGUGAUACCGAUGGUGGAGAUCUCACCCGGCGAUGGUUCACUCAUCAGAUCUAAUGGAGUUCUAGCAAACUACUUCACACAUUACAAAGCUGGAGCUGUUCAAGCAGACGGAAGGGAGUGUGUGUAUUACCUGUGUGGUCUUCCGCCGGAUGUACCAGGUCAGCUGUAUUCUGUCCAGUCUGUUGUUACACGAGCGAGCAGGAUUCUGAAAUGCUUCAUUCAGGCCAGAAGCUCGGUCAGGACCCCGCUCUCUCUUUACUGCUGGACUGAGCAGGCUGCGGUGUGUGAUUGUGCACGUGUGGUUCAGGAGGUGACCGUGGCAGGUUCUGGAUCUUUUAAAGCUCUGUCAGACGGGACUGUUGAGGUUUUGUUUUUCGAUGGAGUUAAAGCACAGAUGAUGUGGAAGUCUGAUGCAUAUACCGCUGCACAGUGUGGAGAAAUGGAGCAAAGACUAAAGACAGAAAGCAGGCCAUCUGACAGGUGGUGCCAGCUCAGUUUGCCAGAUGGGCAUCAGACUCUUGUACAUGUGGACACAGACAAAACCUACCAAAGAUAUGUGUCUGCUGUAGUGCAGUGGUGUGACUGGGUAAAUCAGACGGAACAGAGCACGAGUGCUCUCUCAGUCUCCGCCCCUUCUGACACACCUCAGCCAAUAACCUGCAGAUCUGUGGUUUCAGAGCUGGAAAAAAUCAAGAGAUUCAACUUUUUGUUGGAGAACAGCCCAGUCCUGCGUUUACCAGUGAGAUCUUUGAGCUGCGAGCGUUCAUCUGACCUCUCUGAGACUGAACUCACUGAGACCUGCAUCUCUGAGGCUCUGCAGAAAACCGCUAAAGCCAUUCAGGACAUUGAUGCUCUGUUGUCAAACAGAUCGUAGGCCUGUGUGUACAUGUGGCUUUUCAAACGCAUCUCACAACUCAUCUGCUUUUAUGGAUCUUACUCAGUGAAUGGACUAUUUUGCAGUUUACCUGUCAAGAACAUAUUUCAAAUCCUAAAACAUCCAAAGAAGUAUUUUAUUGUAAAUUAAAUAAAAAUGAAGGCUAUUUUUUA